AAUUCCAACUAGAUCUACCUUCCUUCUUAAAUGCUUUACAGUUUACAUAUCCUUCUUCUUCAUUUUUCUUCUUCGCGAGGUCAACGAAAAUGGCUGAUCAACCUCCAAAUCCCCAAAAUAGAAUGAAACUUCGUGAUGGUAGAUACCUGGCUUACAAGGAAAGAGGUAUCCCCAAGGAUGAUGCCAAGUUCACCAUCGUUCUUGUACAUGGAUUUGGUAGCUCUAAAGACAUGAACUUCAAUGUCUCACAAUUAUAAUCUCAGGAGUUUGUAGAAGAAACUGGGAUAUACUUUGUGCUAUACGAUCGAGCGGGCUAUGGAGAGAGCGAUCCAAAUCCGAAACGUUCGCUGAAGAGUGAAGCUUCCGAUGUUCAAGAACUGGCGGAUGGGUUACAGAUUGGAUCAAGGUUUUAUUUGAUCGGAAUCUCGAUGGGUUCAUACACCGUUUGGAGUUGCCUCAAACAUAUUCCACAAAGGCUAGCAGGAGUGGCGAUGGUGGCUCCCGUAGUAAACUACCGGUGGCCGUCGAUUCCAAAGAGUGUGAUGAAAAAUGAUUACAGAAGAGAAGUGUUAAAAUGGUCUUUUUGGAUUGCUAAAUAUUUCCCUGGACUGCUUCAUUGGUGGGUGACUCAAAACAUGUUUCCUACAACUUCAGUGCUAGAAAAAACCCCUGCUAAUUACUUCAACGACCAAGAUAUCGAAGUCCUCAAGCACACCAAAGGCUUCCCAAUGCUCAGUAAGGAGAAGUUACGAGAACACGGCGUUUUUGAGACGCUGAGAAGCGACUUUUUAGUGGCGUUUGCUGACUGGGACUUCGACCCGGCAGACCUACCGGACCCGUUUCCGUCCGGACCAGAGAAGAGCCCCUCCUCUGUUCACAUAUGGCAAGGCUACGAAGACAAAGUGAUACCGUUUCAGCUGCAGAGAUGCUUGUGCCACAAGCUAGCAUGGAUCAAGUACCAUGAGGUUCCUAAAGGAGGUCACUUGAUCGUGCACUACGAAGGAGUUUGCGACGCGAUCUUGAAAUCGCUUCUACUAGGAGAAGAUCUUCCAAUGUACAAACCCAAAGCUGUGGUGACUGAACCUUAA